AUGGAUCGAUGUGCUUCGCAUGGCCCGGCUUGCAUUGCCAUGCUUGAAGGCCUUGUAACAACUCUUGGCCCGACUCGCCUGGGCAUGGCAUGCUUGGUAUCGUCGUGCGGGACAAGGCAUCGGGCGUUCUUGGCUUGGCUUGACCCGGCUUGCCUGGGCCUGGCAUGCUUGCUAGCGUCAUGCGGGCACAAGGCACCGGGCGUGCAUGUCUUGCCUAGGCAUGGCAUGCUUGGUAGCGUCAUGCGGGCACAAGGCACCGGGCGUGCUUUGCUUGGCUUGGCCGGGUUCAUUCAUUUGUUGGUGUGUUCCCAUGUUCAUAUCAUUAUAUCAGCAGGUGUUCCUAUUCUUGCAAUAUCAGAACAUGAACCGGAGUACGCCGUCGAGGAGUCUUCUCAAGGAAAUCAGUUUUUUAUCCCCAAGGUUGAUGACGAUAUUAAACCAAAUAUCAACUCACAAUUCUUAACUAUAAAUGAAGCGGAGAAGAUGUAUAGGGCAUACGCGAACAAUGCUGGAUUUGAUGUUCGGCUGCAUGCCAAAAAAACAAACAAGAAUGGAGACAUACAAACAAGAUGGUUUGUAUGUAAUAGGGAGGGAACACCAUACAAACAGUUUUUUGAUUCGAUGGAUAUGCAGUCUGGUGAAAGGAGAUAUCGUAACACGAACCUUAAACGUUGUGGAUGUUUAGCAUGCAUAAAAGUCCAUUUGAAAAAGGAUAAAUCCGGUUAUGAGAUAUAUGAGUUUGUCGAGGCACAUAAUCAUGCGCUAUUCAAUACUAACGAUCGACGUUUCUCAAGGAAAAAUAGACAAAUGAAGUAUACGGAUUACAAAAAUGUCUUGAAUAGCUCAAGCUACAAAGUUGGUGCGAUUAGGGCUCACCGUAUACAAACUGCAUUAAAUGGUGGUUUUGAGCACAAUCGAUGUUCUGAGAUCGACUUUAAGAAUUUCAAGAGAGAUGCAGUUGCGUGUGUUGAUAAAAAGGAUGCAAAGAUGUUGAUCAAUAAACUAUCCAAUAGACGAGAURUUGUUCCCGAUUAUUUUUUCGAGUACAAGUGCAAUGAUCAGGAGUUGGGUGCCAUUUUCUGGGCAGAUGAGGUCGCUAGACUUAACUACAGAGAAUUUGGGGAUGUAAUUUCGUUUGACGGGACAUUUCGCACCAACAAGCAUGCGAUGAUUUUUGUUCCCUUUUUGGCGGUUGACAAUCACAAAGCUUCGGUUGUUGUCGGAUCGGCGUUAAUAAGUGGUGAGACAAUUGAGAACUUUACAUGGGUUCUAAGAGCUUUCCUAAAAUGCCAUGAGAAGCAACCAGUUUUUGUGAUUACGGAUCAGUGUUCGGCGAUGAAGCAAGCCGUCCCGUUGGUGUUUACGGAAGCUAAGCACCGACUAUGUAUGUGGCACAUCAUGAAGAAAGUGCCUUCUAAGAUCAGUGUCGCCUUAAAUCAAGAUCCUCUGUUUAAUAAGAUUAUUAACAAGCUCGUGUGGAACGUAAAUAUUGGACCAUCAGAAUUCGAGACCCAAUGGCAAGAGAUGAUUGAGCAAUACAAUUUAGGUGGUGAUCCGUGGUUCACAGAAAUGUAUGAAAUACGCGCAUCAUGGAUUCCGGCGUUUUAUAAGGACACACCGAUGUCUGGUCUUAUGARAACGACAUCAAGAUCCGAGAGUUCKAAUUCGUAUAUUAACAUAUACGAAUCAUACUGGUUUGAUUUGGUUCAGUUCCUCAACAAUUAUGACUUUGCUAUAGAGAAACAAAGGUACAAGCAAGCUGGGCAUGAAACAAUAACGAGGACAACGAAYCCAAAGUUGUGUACUCCAUUGCGCUUAGAAAGUCAAGCAUCAAGGUAUAGAGACUGGCGAAUGUCGGGGUGA